AUGCUUUCAUUCCUACGCGGAUAUCCGUCGCCUCUCGAGCGCCAAGACAAUGAGACCAAUCGUGCUCUUCAUUUAGCUCGACGAUUCGCCAGAUCGGUGUCGCUGCAUCACAGCCAACGACUCUCAGUCAUCGGCCACUGGACGACGCUCCAUCGCCGCCACAAAACGAUACCCGCCCGUAACUGCGCGUCAAGACGUCGACAAAUUUCUAGAACUAGGCGUCAACACGCAGGACAGGAACAGACACUGAGUUCCUCAAUUCGUGCAUUACAAGCGGACAUAGCAUCGCUAGAGCGAUCUGCGAUGCUGAGAGAUUCGGCUACGUUACUCUGGCGCACCAACUGCUCCAGCGUGGCGCUGGAUCUCACCCGAGAGUAUUAUCUGCAAUUCCAACACGGAUACAACUCGAGGGACAGGGACCGUUGCGCCGUGAUCGACCAAUACAUGACCAGCGUCUUUAGCCCUGACAUUGUUUGCCGCGAUUUUCAAGGUAUGCAGGCGUUUAUGGACCAGUGGGAAAAAUAUACGACUUUCCACCAAGGGCUCGAGAUCAAGCUACAAGCGAUGCGCAUCGUGGAUAGCGACGAUGAUCCACUAUGUAUUGUGACGGUACACGCUAACGCCGAGAUGACUGUGACUUUCACGGAGGAUACAGUCAAGACCUUAUAUCCUGCGUUGUUUGACAGAUCUCUACACAACCCACAAGACUGUGGAAUCGUCGAUAAACUCGUUGGCAGCAGAGGUUCGAUACCCGUGGAGCUGGUGCUGAAUUUCGACGAGCAAGGUCGUGUAUUCGCUUUUGAAUCGCGGGUAGAUCUAGUGGCUACACUGCUCAAUGUGCUUCGUAACCCCUCGGACGCGAUUCAUGUACACCAGUCGUCCAGCAUGACGGCUGAUGGCCACUGGCAACUAGAACAGAAUUCUGAAGAAUUAGCGCGGCGAGAACGUAUGUUGCCGAGGCAGUUGCUCGUCCAUACCAGGACAUACUAG